AUGGCCCCCACGCGCCGAAGCCUGUGUCUGCUCUUGCUCUACAUCAUCUCUUUCCUCGUCGGUCUCCCCGCCAACCUCAUGGCCCUGCGCGCCUUCGUGGGCCGGGUGCGCCAGCCCCAGCCCUCCCCCAUCCACAUCCUGCUGCUCAACCUGACCCUGGCCGACCUCCUGCUGCUGCUGCUGCUGCCCUUCAAGAUGGCCGAGGCGGCGGAGGACUUCCACUGGUACCUGCCCCACGUGAUGUGCGUGAUCACCGCUUACGGCUUCUACAGCAGCAUCUACUGCAGCACGUGGCUCCUGGCCGGCAUCAGCAUCGAGCGCUACCGCAGCGUGGCCUUCCCGGUGCGGUACAAGCUGACCCGCCGGCCGGUGUACGGGGUGAUCGCCGCCCUGAUCGCCUGGGUCAUGUCCUUCGGCCACUGCAGCAUCGUGAUCAUCGUCCUUUACUUGCCAAACGAAAACACGACGAGCGUUGGCGGAGUCUGUUACGGGGACUUCAGCCAAAGGCAGCUGGCCCUCCUGCUCCCGGUGCGGCUGGAGCUGUGCCUCGUCCUAUUCUUCAUCCCCAUGGGCAUCACCAUCUUCUGCUACUGGCGCUUGGUCUGGAUCAUGCUCUCCCGGGCCCACGUGGGGGCCCAGAAGCGCUGGCGGGCCGUGGCGCUGGCCGCCUUGAACCUCUUCAACUUCCUGGUGUGUUUUGGGCCUUACAAUGUGUCUCACGUGCUUGGGUACAUCCACCAGGAGAAUGAGGAAUGGAGAGUGUGCGCCGUGUUCCUGGGCGCUCUCAAUGCGUGCGUGGACCCCCUCAUUUUCUAUUUUUCCUCCUCCGCGGUGCGCAACGCUGUGAGCCAGAGGCACCGGCUGCUGCAGAGCUGGGGCACCUGGCUGGCGGGGCGCUGGAGGAGAGGCGGCAGGGAGCAGGCUGCGAAGACAGAAGACGGCAUGGGCAUGGCCGAUGUCAGCCUCGCCAAAGACUAG